ACCAUUACUUUUAAUUUUUCUGCGAGAACUUUGGACUUUUGCCCGCGUCCUGUGUACCUUGCCAUAAUCACACCGAUUCUGCUAUAAAAACAUCUAUAUUUUACAGCGUGUUUAGUGAUAUUUAGAAAUUGUUGUAAAGAUGACCGCUUUAGUUAAAGGUGUGGUAAUUGUCGCAGCCAAACGUACCCCUUUCGGUACCUAUGGUGGCAAAUUCACAAAAACCUCAGCCGUGGAACUCCAAACUGUUGCUGCGAAAGCAGCCCUGGCUUCUGGAAACGUAAAACCGGAAUUAAUCGAUACCGUAGUCGUCGGUAACGUAUUAACCAGUUCUUCAGCGGAUGGUGCUUUCAUUCCAAGGCAUACGGCCCUGAGAUGCGGCAUUCCUCAAGAACGGCCUGCUUUCCUCGUCAAUAGACUUUGCGGUUCCGGCUUUCAGUCUAUAGUAAAUGGAGUUCAGGAUAUUUUAACAGGCGCUGCUGAAAUUUCCCUAACCGGAGGUACAGACAACAUGUCCCAAACUCCACACACUGCCAGAAACGUCCGGUUUGGGGUUCCCCUCGGCCAGGAUAUCGUACUGGAGGACUCGCUGUGGCUCGGCUUGACUGAUUCCUACUGCAAAAUGCCGAUGGCUCUUACAGCCGAAAAAUUGGGAGCACAAUUUAAUAUCACACGCGACGAAGUCGACGAAUUUUCUUUGAGAUCUCAACAGUUAUGGAAAGCUGCACAAGACGGCGGCCGAUUUAAAGAAGAAAUCGCCCCUGUUCCCAUUAAAGUGAAAAAGGAAACCGUCAACUUGGAGGUUGAUGAGCAUCCGCGCCCCCAAACUACGUUAGACGGCCUUAAGAAACUUCCAACUUUGUUUAAACAAAAUGGUUUGGUUACCGCAGGCUCGGCAUCUGGCAUUUGUGACGGUGCAGGUGCCGUUAUCGUGGCCAGUGAACAAGCGGCAAGCAAACACAAUCUGACACCCUUGGCUCGAAUUGUGGCUUUUUCUGCCGUUGGUGUUGACCCCACCAUUAUGGGCAUUGGCCCAGCACCAGCCAUCCGAAAUGUGCUUAAAGCCAGUGGCAAAACUCUCGAUGAUAUUGACCUAAUUGAGAUCAACGAGGCUUUUGCGGCACAAACACUUGCCUGUGCCAAAGACUUGAAACUGGAUAUCAAUAAACUGAAUGUGGAUGGUGGAGCGAUUGCUCUUGGACAUCCUUUGGGUGCUUCUGGUGCCAGAAUAACUGCACAUUUGGUGCAUGAAUUGAGGAGAAGGAAGGCCAAAUUUGGAAUUGGAUCAGCAUGUAUUGGAGGCGGACAAGGUAUCGCUAUCAUGAUUGAAGCUUUGUAAUUCCGUUAUAUAAAUAUUUCAAGUUAUCACUUAUGUAAGAUUAAGGCAAAAACAUUUAUCUUUUUAUUUGUACAUUUCAUAAUACCAUACUUAUCAUAAUAAACUAUUUUUAUCAAAA